AUGCCGUCCCUCGCAAGUAACGAGCCUUCUCUACUGCGGCUACACGUCCCCCGCCUAGAUCGAGCGGCCAGCCGGCGAGAAAAUGGUGGCGUCGAGUGGUGGCGCGUGAGGGGUGCUACCACUUCCGGAUCUGAAUCUCGCCAUCAAGUCCGCUUUCUUGCCUCCAGGUCUGGGCGCCGUCAGGAGGAGAGAAUGGCCUCCAGGACGUCGCCGCUGGUGUUCAAGAGGGUGGCCGGGAUCCGAACCAUCGCUGAGUCCGGCCGCUUCAAGCCAUGGACUACAAUGUGCGUGAAUGCAGACUAUACCACUCCUGCUGAUUCUGUCGCCACCUCGGAGCAAACAGGUGGUGAAGCUGAGGCCACCUUAGAAACAGGUGGUGAAGCUGCAGCCACCUUGGAGCAAACAGGUGGCGAAACCGAAGAGCCGACCAUUGUAGCACCUGCUAAUGAAUAUACAGAGCAGGAGGCUGCUCCUCAGCAGAAGUGUGCAAAGAUACACGACUUUUGCCUAGGGAUACCUUUUGGUGGACUUUUACUCUCCAUGGGCCUUAUUGGAUUUCUCUUCUGGAGGAGCCCUGCGAGUCUUACCUUUGGCGUUGCACCUGGCCUUGCCAUAUUGGCCCUGGCUGUACUUAGCCUCAAGGUCUGGAGGAGCGGGAAGUCCAGCUUACUGUUCAUACUGGCGCAAGCAGGCAUUGCCGCUGCGGUAGCAUGGAAGCACGGCCAGGCGUACACCACUACGAGGAAGCUGCUUCCGUGGGGCUUCUACGUCGCGCUGAGUGCCGCAAUGAUCUGCUUCUACUCCUACGUUCUUGGCAUAUUUAUUUUGACGAAUACUAAAGAAUUGCAACUACCAUUCACUAUACUUCAAAAUGGAGAAGUUUCUACCAGCAAACAUGGAUGCAAUUAUGCGUCUUAA